AUGCCGUCGUACGCUCGUCUGUUCGCCGCUGUGUCGGCGCUUGCGACCGCCGCCAAUGCCGUCCAUCCCGUCGAGGUCCGCGGAAAGGACUUUGUCAACAGUGAGACCGGUGAUCGAUUCCAGAUUCUCGGUGUCGAUUACCAGCCUGGUGGCUCUGGUGGUUUCAGUGGUAAAGCUGACCCCCUGACCGAUCGCGAUGCUUGUCUGCGCGAUGCUGCCCUGAUGCAGCGCCUGGGUGUCAACACCGUCCGCAUCUACAACAUGUCUCCUAACCUGGACCACGAUGACUGCAUGUCCAUCUUCAACGCCGCCGGCAUCUAUCUCAUCUUCGAUGUCAACUCGCCUCUGGAGGGCGGUUACCUCGACCGCACCAACCCCAAAAGGACCUACAACGAGGUCUACUUCCAGCAGGUCUUUGGCAUCAUCGAGGCCUUCAAGGAUUACCCCAACACUCUCGGUUUCUUCGCCGGAAACGAAGUGAUUAACGAGCAGAGUGUCAAGGAUGUUCCCGCCUACGUUCGCGCUGUGGUCCGUGACAUGAAGGACUACAUCUCCAAGAACGCGAACCGUUCCAUCCCCGUCGGCUACUCGGCUGCUGAUAUCCGUCCCUGGCUGACCGACACCGUCAACUACUUCAUGUGCGAGGACGAGGACUCCCCCAGCUCCAAAUCCGACUUCUUUGGUCUCAACUCUUACUCGUGGUGUGGCCAGUCCUCCUUCACCAAGAGUGGCUACGAUGUCCUGACGGAGGACUUCUCUAAUGCCACUCUCCCCGUCUUCUUCUCCGAAUAUGGCUGCAACGAGGUCACGCCCCGUGUCUUCACCGAGGUCGAGGCCCUCUAUGGCGAACAGAUGUCCAAGUCGUUCUCUGGCGGUCUGAUUUACGAGUUCACCCAGGAGACUAACGAGUAUGGUCUCGUUCAGCUCAACGAUAACGAUACCGCCACGCUCCUGGUCGACUAUGACAACCUGAUGAAGCAGUACUCGAAGCUGGACAUGAGCACCAUCCAGGCGACUAACGAAACCGCCACCUCCCUCAAGCCGCCCAAGUGCGGUCCCGGUCUCAUCCAGAACAGCACUUUCCUCGACACGUUCGACCUCCCCAAGAGACCCUCCAAGGUCCAGGAUUACAUUGAUGAUGGCUUUGUCGGCAAGGUUCACAAGGGCAGCCUCAAGGAGGUCAAGUCGCAGGACAUCUCUCAAACCAUCUACGACCAUAACGGCAAGGAGGUCACUGGUAUUCGCCUCAAUGCCCUCUCGAACGACGCGACCAACACCCCCGGCAACUCUUCUAGCAGCUCUUCCGGCAGCGGCAGCAGCAGCGACGAUGAGAGCGCCGCGGGCAGGCUGUCCGUCUCCCUUCUCGGUCUCGUGGCCGGUACCGCCUUCAUGGUCAUGCUGUGA